AUGGCUUCGGAAAAGAGAGAAGCGGAGGAUUGUGUAGCAAGAGCAGAGGAUUGUGCGCCCAAAGCAUCAGCGACAAAACUAUACGUAUGUUUAAGCCAUACCUAUGGCCCUGUUAUAUAUUCAAUAUAUGAAAUUACCGUACCAAACCCUAUCCCUCCUCCCCCAACCAAAUCCGAAGCAAUAAUAAAUAGCCCCAAUCCACUUCCCACCCCAAACCCAAUCCUCCAACUCAAAAGUGUAGAAUACCCUGUUGCCAUGUGUUGCGUUCAGUUGGGUUCUAAGUUUUACUUGUUUGGUGGCAAAUACCAUGAAUUGGAUCCCCCAUCCGUUGAUCAGGAUGUCGAUAGAAAAUACCAGCAUGUAAAACGCUUCAUAUAUCCGCUAGACCUCUAUAUUUUUGAUCCCACCACCAAAAAGUUGAUAAAUGGUACACCCAUGAACACUGGAAAGGCUCACCCCUUGGCCUUUGUGAUCGAUCACAAGAUUUACGUGCUUGGAAGCACUUACGAAUUGCCAGACCAAUCCCAUUUUGACUUACUGUACCAAAAAAAACCACCCCGCAAACCAUAUAUCAAGAAUGACAUAGAAACCCAUGCUUUGUUUGAAGUCUAUGAUCCUGUAGUUGAUAAGUGGACAGUGUUGCCAAAUCAACCUCCAAUUAGGGACAACACUGAAUGGAGCUGGCAUUCUAUCGUGGGAAAAAAGGUUCUUCUUGUAGCUUGUGAGAUUAGCCGUUACUGCCUCUACUGUUUUGAUUUUGAUACAAAUCAAUGGGCAAAUUACCUAAACCUCCCUUUCUUCUCCCGCUUAUCAUUCUUUGGCGGGACUGAGUUUGUAGAAGGUACUCUUUAUGGAUGUCAACGCACCAUUGUAGCUGCAAUAAAAGACCCAUUAGCUGAGGAGGGGACCCUUUAUCAUCCCUCCAUCUCCAAGGAGAUGGAUGCUAUUUACCAUAAUCUUCCUCCAUUGGUUGACUCCUACACCUCAUCAAGCUUGCUUCACUUGGGGAAUGGGUUCUUUUGUUUUCUCGUGUCUGGGAAUCCCGAGCUUCCUAAUGAUCACUUUCAAUAUAUUGAUAAUUAUCCAGUCGGAGAUGACAAAAAGCGUGUUAUUAGGAUUGUAAUUUUUCAGGCCCUUGGGGAGACAUAUGGAGUGAAGAAGGACUAUGAUGUUGAGUAUGCCCGUGGAUUAUUCACAGCAAAAUUCAUGUAUUCUGCUCAUUGUGUCAUCAAUACCCCCUUCCCUAAUCAAGGUCGCAUUGAAGGCUUCUUCUCUCUUGGCUCGGUGUUUGGCUUUGGAGAUGGGACUCACCCUAUGUCUGCUGAUCACGGGAAGCCACCUGUUUCGAACUUGCCAUCCAAUCCACUUCUUGUUCCCCCAUCUGUCCCCGAUGUCAAUCCACUCCUUGUUCCCCAGUCUGUCCCCGAUGUGCUGCAGCUUUUGAUGGAUGACGCAAUGGCUUUGAUUAUUCAUUCUAUGGAGGAUGCCCAUGAAGCCACUACCCAAUCUUUGCCUCCCAUCUCUGUGGAGGCUGACGGGGUUAAGGAAGCGGGGAGUAUAGUAAUUGGUACCGCUAGUGCUGAGGCAGCAGGAGUUGAUGAUGCUGCUGAUGACAACAGUAUACAUACUAAUGAUGAUUUCAUUACCACUGCAAGGUCUUGGUUGCUAGGUAAGAGAAAGCGCACUGAUCACCCACAUCCUAGAUGGCAUCCAUUGGCGACAGAUGUAGAGAGUGUUAGGCUCACUAGGCCGUGUGAUGUGCUUGAAAUUACCAAGAAGCAUGACGUGUACUCUAUAGAGUUCACAGCUGUACAGUCUGAGAUGGCCUCUCUUAAACACGCUUGGGAUGCUGCAAACAGAGCUUUGAUUGAGGAGAGACAGAGCAUAUUUGGUCGCCUGGAAUAUCUUUACCAAUCAUUGAUUUCUAAACUUUUCAAUAUCCGAAGCUCUCAAGAUGUUGCUCAUUGUUUUGUGCCUCAACCGAUUACAUCUUUUGUUCCCUCAUCUUCCCAGCCUACUGUGCCACUUGCUAGCAAACCAUCAGGAGAUACCAGCUUUGGGAUGGAGACGCUCGACUUCUCUAAGUCAAUGCGUUUGUCUAGAUGCCACAUAACCAGAACUGAUGAUGCCAAUGACAAGUAAACUCAGGGAUUUCUUUUUGUUUUUCCGAAUAGAUGGCAUUUGAUGUAGGGAUUUCUUUUUGUUUUGCCAAAUUGAUGGCAUUUGAUGUAGGGAAAUUUUCAUGAA